UAGGUUGCUGGUCGUGGUAGCACGACAGACCGGCACGUAUAUAGUCGUUGCUUUUGUUUUGUAUAGCUCAUAGAGGUUGUGUAAUUCAUUUUCAAACGGAUAUUUUGGAGUUUUUGUGUAAAUGUAGUCUGAUUCGUCUCGGUCAUUUUUAGCAACAAACUUUUACCCGUGCCUCAUUUAGGCUACCUCCUAUUCAAACGUACCGUCUCAGGAGAACAACAUGUCACCAUGGAUUAAACAGAUUGGCUUUAUUCUCUUGGCUGUGUUCAUGUUGCCCAAUACAACAGAGUCAAAGAAAGAUGAUGUGCUGUACUGUUCAGCCUGUAUGGCAAUUGCAGAGGAACUGAACCAUUCAAUCAGUCAAACUGAUCCAAAAAAGACAAUUCAUGUUGGUGGAUUCAGACUCAACCCCGAUGGAAGUCUUAAUGAUAAAAAGGUUCCUCUUGCUAGGUCAGAAACUCACUUAACAGAACUGCUGGAAGGAGUUUGCAAUAGCAUGAGCGAUUAUGCUCUCUAUGAGGACCCGGUCACCAAAGAAAAGAGCUACAAGAGAUUUGCACCCAGAGGAAAUGAUGGCGGAAAUUUUCCAGAUUUCAAAAAUUUUAAGUUCGAUGGACCAGAGAGCUCCAGUGCUUUGAAGUUUGCAUGUGAAAGCAUUGUUGAAGAGUUGGAAGAUAAUAUCAUCUCUCUCUUCGCCAGUGAGGCAGACCAUGUCGCUAAGAAGUUGUGCAGUGAAGUAUCAGGUCACUGUAAGAGCUCUUUUUUCCAGCACAGCGAACUUUAGCUUUACAUUAGUGUCUGCUGGAAUUCACACACAAAAACUUGGACCAGGAAAACAGAUCUCCAAUAUUUUCCUAAAAUAUGUUAAUUUGAUUUUUAAAUUUAUAUUUUUCUGAAUAUUUUUUAUUAUUAUACUAAAAAUUACAAUUUAGCUGGUUUGUAAAUUAUAUUAUACAUUAACCAAAUGGUUUCCACUGCUGAGUAGUGGACACACUCUUCUGUUUUAAUUUUUACUUGGAAAUUACCUGUAUUGCCUUUUAAUGUACAAAAACUAAGUGAUGUAGUACCAGUGUGAUUUAUGAAAGAUUCACACACAAUAAAAGGUGAAAUUAUGAAAUAUGGUGGUUAU